GAGAAACGUCUCGUUUCCUACAAACAAUCAGCUAUCUUUAUGUAUUUAAGUUACAACAACUUAAAGUGUAUGUUUCACAACAUUUCUUUGAGUGCUUAUUUGAGCAGAUUUUCUUAAAUGUAAGACAUGUUGGAGUGUAACCGGAAUUAAAAAUAGGUUAGGAUACACACCAGUAGUUAACAAUAUUGAGGGUAAGAGAUAAAUAUAGACUAUUACUCACUUGUUUAUAUAAAGGUUAUAUCCAUAAAAGGCAAACAGUUUUCAGCUCAGUGGAUAUAUGUAGUUGUAAUGAUUCGUUAUUUUAAUAUGUACUUGCAUAUUCAACAGGUAUUUCAGUGAGAAAAGAGAUUUUUGCAGACUAUGGAAAUGAAACGCAGACAAUUGAACAGAGACGUACCCCUUCUCAGCGGCGAUCUUCCGGCGGAUCCGGAACCGGCGGUGGACCUCGACGACAUGUUCACGGAAGCGACAAUCCCCGACAGUGAACCAAGCCUAUUCGCCGCAAUUCGGUACAAUGACCUGCGCAUGAUCGGCCAGACUCUGCGCUCCGGUUUUGACGUAGAUACAAAAUUUACAGAGGGUGCGUACCAUCUCCAUGCUAACACGCUAGCCCACCGACUUCGCAUGACGCAUUACGCGGCCAUGCAUCUCGCCGUCCUUCACGCAAAACACAAGGUAAUUGCCGAGCUACUCGCACACGGUGCGGACAUCAACAUACGGGAUGAACAGCAGCGUACGCCCGUGCAUCUUGCUGUUGUCGCCAGUCGGCUGUCCGUUGUAGAGACACUGGUCAGAAAAGGAGCAGAAAUCAACGCGCGGUCAUCAAGCGGAAGGUCGCCUCUCCUAGAGGCAGUGAUAUCCGAAAGACUGGACAUAGCACGUGCUCUAGUAGACCUUGGAGCUGACAUUGACCUUCAGGAUAUCAAGGGCACAUCGGUUCUACAGCAUUCCUGCUUCAGACGACAACCGAACCUAGAUUUUAUACAGUUUCUGUUAUCUAAGAAAUGUGACGUCAACAUCAGGGGAAUUUCGGGUUGCACUCCCAUGAUGUUCGUGUCUCAAUUUCAGAGCAUUGAUGUUGCAAAACUGCUUAUAGCCCAUGGAGCGAACAUAAAUCAGAAAGACGCUAAAGGAAUGACUCCAGUUUAUUUUUGCACAGACCACAAAACUCGCCGCCCCGAUUACUUGUUGUACCUGAUCCAUCAGGGAGCGGACCUGAACAUCAGCGUUAAGCAAGAUCGCAGCUUGCUUGACAUGGCGAUGACCAACUCCUCCCUGCAGACGAUACUCACCCUGCUGUUCUGUGACGUGCUCAGAGAGGCAUCUGUCAUCAUGGAUAACACAUAUAUGCAGAAUGUUUUCGAGAGGCUACCGGAGUUCCGGGACAGGUUGGUAAAGGAGCUGUACACUCCGCGGACAUUACAGCGCCUGUGCCGGGAAAAGAUCCGGACAUGCUUGAGCCGUGAGGGACCCGCCAGAAUUAUGGACCUUGAUCUACCACGCAGCUUGCAGGACUUUGUUCUGUGUAGGGAUAUACAGCCAGAAGACGUUUCCGUCUGAGAAGAAAGGUUUAAUUCUGUGUUAUCACGUCGUCUUGGACAUGUACUAAUGGCAUCAAAUUUACAUACAAGAACGUCCAAAAGUAGUAUACAGCUUCCGCUGGAAUUAUUUGAGUUAGCCUUUGCUCGUGAGUUAGCAUUCCAAUACCAGUUGCAUAGGUGAUUUUAAACGUAAACAUAUGUACUUAUGUGAAUCUCAACCUGCUUACUUGUAAACGACGGGAGCUAAAGCUAAGUGAAAUGACAAUAGGAUUGUGUACCAUGUACUAGGAUAGCUGUGUGGAUAGCAAAGGGUCCCAUAUGAUAAACUGAAUGUUCCGUGUAGUAAUUGGAGUGCGGAUGUAUUACAACAUGCACAUGUCCUUUUGAUAUAUCUUUGAACAACUUACGGCAUUUACGGGAAGGAAAUAUUGCAUUGCUUAGAAUAGUACACAUUGAUGUUAAUUUAAUCAAACGUACUCGAAAACACAGACGUUUCGAUGUUAACGUGCUUUUUUCAUGAAAAUAUUCUAUGAAACUUAUGUCCUGUGAUGACUCUUUGUUGCCUUGGACAUUACAAUUAUUAUCAUUGUUACUUCCAAUGCAAAUUAUUAUUAUCAAAAUUACCGGCAUAUGAAAUUGACUCGCAAAUUUGAAUGUAUAUUUUUCUGGUGCUUGUUGUAGUGAAAGUAUCGUGGGUGAAAAUGUGAAUACGUUUAUACUGUGU